ACCAGCUGUGCACAGCAUGGUCCAUACAGCCUGCCCUCCCUCUGGGACCAAACAAGCAUCGUAUGGCAGUGUUGCAACACUAUAUUUUGCUUCCUGAAUGAGUGAGUGAAGCAAUAGGCAGCAGAACAGAAUCUUCUUUCUCCUGUUGUCCCUAUUCCAGCCUUACACACACACACUUUCUGAUAGAAAUUCUCAAGCACUGCAAUCCGUGUAGGCUGUAGCUGCUAAUACUUCACCAGAUACAAAGGAAUCUUGUCUUGCACUACUCAAGGACAGGAGCAACUGAACGAUUAUAAAUACAAGAUUAUGAAGUAUGUUUGAGAUAAAUGCAAGACAUAAACAACGUACGCCUCAAGUUGACUAAAGCCAUAAGAAGAUCACAGCCUACUCUGCCUCAUAAAAAAGUCAACACAGAAAAAGAAAAUGAAUCAUUUGGAUGGAGUUGAAAUGACCCAACUCUCCAUUCCGGAGAUGGCAACAACAAGCUUGCCCACCACACUGGGCAGUUGUUUCCGACAAAUAAACAUGUCUUCCCCAAUGGAAACAAAAAAGCCCAUCACCUCCUUGUGGUUCUCAGCCAUCUUCAGCCUCAUUGGUCUCUCCUCUAACUUGUUUGCUUUGUGUGUUUUAGUCAGUGCCUCCAGGAGAACCCACAGCCGUUCUCGUUCUUCCUUCCUCAUAUUCCUCUGUGGUUUGGUGGUCACAGACUUAAUGGGACUGCUGGUUACAGGGAUUAUUGUGGUAUCUUACCACGUCUUAGAAUUUGACUGGAUGUCUUUGGACAAGGAGUGUCAUCUUUGUAAUUUUUUUGGACUUUCAAUGGUUUUUUAUGGGCAGUGCCCUUUACUACUUGGAGCCGCCAUGGCUGCAGAGCGAUUCUUUGGUAUAAAUAAGCCAUUUUCACGUUCCGCUAAUGUGUCUAAAAAGAGAGCUUGGGUUAUUGUAGUAAUGGUCUGGUUCUUUGCUUUUCAAAUAGCAUUACUGCCCAUAUGGGGGAUUGGAAAUUAUACCCUACAGUAUCCAAAGUCCUGGUGCUUUUUAACUUUGCUACAAGACUCGAAAAACAUGGCAUUUGGUCUUAUCUUCUCAAUGACUGGGAUCUUUUAUGUCUGCAUCUCCUUUGUCUUAAACACCAUCAGUGUGGUGACUCUCUGCAGGGUGUACCAUGAUCGUGAGUCUGUCCAGAGGAGGAGGGACAGUGAAGUUGAAAUGAUGGUCCAAUUGGUUGGGAUCAUGAUAAUUGCCAGUGUAUGCUGGCUUCCAUUGUUGAUAUUUAUAGGGCAGGCAGUCCUUCAGCAGCCUGUUGAGGGUCUGGGAGACAGGGAAAUCCCUCGAGAAACUGAGAAGCUUCUAUUGAUCUACUUACGGGUGGCCACCUGGAACCAAAUCCUGGACCCUUGGGUAUACAUCCUUUUCAGAAGAGCUGUCUUAAAGAGAGUGUAUCCAAGCCUCAAAACUCGCCCAUCUAUUGUGUCCUUGUACCCAACUCUCACUGCUUCCUUGCGCCGCAAAUACACCCAGGAAUCUGUGAUCAGAUAAUUACAAUGCUGAGUUCUCCAACAAGACAUUUAGCAUUCGUUUUGGAAAGUGUUAAAUAAUUGCAUGUGCAUAUGAACAUUCAUUUGGUUCUUACAAAAUAUCUGUAAAACAUUUAUACUCAAAUAUACCAAGAGAUCAAAGUUUUUGAUUUCUUAUUAUAAAUUGCAGCUUUUGGAAUGUGCAAUGAUAAUACGUUGAUGAUAUAAAAAUCAAUAAUACUGGUGAUUAUGCCAAGACUUAGGAAUGGAAGAGAAUGAAGCCUCUGAAUACUUGACAUACUGGAACUGGUGGAUACUCAUUUCCUCCAGCAGAAGAAGGUUCAUUAAUGCUGAUGUAUAACUUGAGAAAAGGUAUUGAACAGUGAGAUAAAUAAGGCAGAAAUAGCUGGAAAAGUAAACAAGAAAUGGAUACUGGGUGUUAUCAUUGUUUUGGGACUACUUUGUCUCAAGGUCCACCAAAUCUCUUGCCCUCCAGCCAUUACUUAUAGCUUUCAGAAGAAGACUUCUCUAAAAGGGCUCUAUGUUGAUCUUUUGGUUUCCAUCAUGCCUAUUAAAUUCAGUCAAAUAAAUUAAUACACAAUUGAA